AUGCCCGCCCUCUCCCCGACCAUGACGGAGGGUAACAUCGCCAGCUGGAAGGUCAAGGAGGGCGAGUCCUUCUCCGCCGGCGAUGUCCUCCUCGAGAUCGAGACCGACAAGGCCACCAUGGACGUCGAGGCCCAGGACGACGGCGUCAUGUUCAAGAUCACCACCGGCGACGGCGCCAAGGCCGUCGAGGUCGGCACCCGCAUCGCCGUCAUCGCCGAGCCCGGCGACGACCUCUCCUCCCUCGAGAUCCCCGCCGACGACAAGAAAGCCUCUUCCUCCUCCGCCCCCAAGCCCGCCGAGAACAAGGAGGCCCCCAAGAGCGACACCCCCGAACGCCGCGAGGCCCCCCAGGCCCAGGCCGGUUCCAACGCAAAGGGCGGCGCCCCCCGCGAGCAGCGAUACCCCCUCUACCCCUCCGUCCAGCACCUCGUCAACGAGCACGGCCUCGACAAGGACGUCGUCAGCCGCAUCGAGCCCACGGGCCCCGGCGGCCGUCUCCUCAAGGGCGACGUCCUCGCCUACCUGGGCUCCAUCAACGCCGAGACCCCCAGCAAGAUCAUGGACCGCGCCGUCAAGAUGUCCCACCUCGACCUCAGCAACAUCAAGGUCGCGCCGAAGAAGGCGGCCGAGGCCCCGAAGAAGGCCGCCGCCGCCGCUCCUGCUGCCCCCGCCGCCCCCGUCGAGACCGAGAUCGCCCUCCCCGUGUCCCUGGCCAAGGUCCUCGAGGCCCAGAAGCGCAUCCAGUCGACCCUGGGCGUCUUCAUGCCCGUCUCCACCUUCGUCGCGCGCGCCGCCGAGGUCGCCAACGACGACCUGCCCCCCUCGGCCCGCAAGCCCACCGCCGACGAGCUCUUCAACCAGGUCCUCGGCCUCGACAAGCUCGCGCCCCACGGCACGAGGGGAUACUACCUGCCCCAGAUCUCCGCGCUCCCCGAGCCGUCCUUCCUCGCCAGCGCCCCUCCCCGCGCCUCGCCCAGACGGGGCGGUGAUAUCAUCGACCUCCUCGCCGCUCCCAAGAAGGCUUCUGCCCCUGCACCCAAGCGCGUCGCUGCCGCCGGAAGCAUCUCGUCCGAUGGUAACCUCUUCAGCUUGACCGUGCCUCGGGGCGAUGAGAAGCGUGCCAAGGUGUUUUUGGAGAGGGUCAAGAUUAUUCUCGAGGAGGAGCCCGCGAGGCUUGUGUUGUGA